AUGAUGUUCUGACACCAAAUACAGAGAACAGUAAUUUUCCCUACCAAGUACCUAACUUCCGUAAGUGUGAGAUCUGUUUGCUGUCUUUCCCAAAAGAGACCCAGUUCCAGCGCCACAUGAGGGAUCAUGAGCAAAAUGACAAGCCUCACCGAUGUGACCAGUGUCCGAUGUCAUUUAAUGUUGAAUUCAACUUGACACUUCAUAAAUGUACUCACAAUGGUGAAGAUCCUACGUGUCCUGUGUGCAACAAGAAGUUCUCCAGAGUAGCCAGUCUGAAGGCUCAUAUAAUGCUACAUGAGAAAGAAGAGAAUCUUAUCUGUUCAGAGUGUGGAGAUGAAUUUACUUUACAGAGUCAGCUGUCCAUACACAUGGAAGAACAUCGUCAAGAAUUGGCAGGCAGUAGGAUCCACAGCUGCAAGUCUUGCAAAAAGGAAUUUGAAACUUCCUCACAGCUAAAGGAGCAUAUGAAAACUCACUAUAAAAUAAGGGUAUCAAAUACCAGAUCUUAUAACAGAAAUAUUGACAGAAGUGGGUUUACCUAUUCCUGUCCUCACUGUGGAAAAACGUUCCAGAAGCCAAGUCAGUUAACAAGACAUGUUAGGAUACACACAGGUGAAAGACCUUUCAAAUGCAGUGAAUGCGGGAAAGCCUUUAACCAGAAGGGGGCAUUGCAGACCCAUAUGAUCAAGCACACUGGUGAAAAACCCCAUGCUUGUGCCUUUUGUCCUGCAGCCUUUUCUCAGAAAGGCAAUCUUCAGUCACACAUUCAGAGAGUUCAUUCAGAGGUAAAGAAUGGCCCUACUUACAACUGUACAGAAUGUAGCUGUGUCUUCAAAUGCUUGGGUAGUUUAAAUACACAUAUCAGCAAGAUGCACAUGGGUGGUCCGCAGAAUACUGCAAGCUCUUCAGCAGAUGUAUCUCACGUUACAGCGGCCACACAUUUUCGGUCUCCGCUUCUUCAACAGACAGAAAACCAGGUGUCUGCCGCUGCUGCCCAUCAGGGUCAGCAGGCUGUAACUGACGUCAUCCAGCAGCUCCUUGAGUUAUCAGAACCAAGUCCUGUAGAAAAUAACCAACCUCAACAACCUGGUCAGCAACUCAACAUUGCAGUGGGAAUCAACAGAGAUAUUUUGCAGCAAGCUUUGGAGAACAGUGGGCUGUCUUCAAUUCCCGUCGCUGCGCAUUCUACUGACUGCAGCCAGGCUAAGACUUCCGGGGUCCCGGAUCAGAACCCAGAUGUUCAGGCUCUCGCAAAUCAUCAGGCUGACUCUAAUAGUGCAGAACAAGAUAAGGAGCAAGAGAGUACAGAUAAACUGGAUAAAAAAGAAAAGAAAGUUAUUAAGAAAAAAUCACCAUUUUUACCUGGUUCUAUACGUGAAGAAAAUGGAAUAAGGUGGCACGUUUGUCCGUAUUGCUCUAAAGAAUUUAAAAAACCAAGUGAUCUGGUGCGCCACAUUCGCAUUCAUACCCAUGAGAAGCCAUUCAAGUGUCCCCAGUGCUUCCGCGCUUUUGCCGUGAAGAGUACUCUCACAGCACACAUAAAAACACACACUGGCAUUAAAGCUUUCAAGUGCCAGUUUUGUAUGAAAUGCUUUUCCACCUCAGGGAGUCUGAAAGUUCACAUUCGUCUACAUACAGGUGUUAGGCCUUUUGCUUGUCCACACUGUGACAAAAAGUUUAGAACAUCGGGUCACCGGAAAACUCAUAUUGCUUCACAUUUUAAGCAUACUGAACUAAGAAAGCUGCGACAUCAGCGUAAACCUGCAAAAGUUCGAGUAGGGAAGACGAGUGUUCCAGUACCAGACAUUCCUUUGCAGGAGCCCAUACUCAUAACUGAUUUAGGUCUUAUUCAGCCAAUCCCAAGGAACAGCCAGUUCUUCCAAAAUUAUUUUAACAAUAAUUUUGUGAAUGAUGCAGACAGACCAUACAAAUGUUUUUAUUGCCAUCGAGCCUAUAAAAAAUCUUGUCAUCUUAAACAACACAUCAG